AUGAAUAAGUUGCUGAAAGUACGGGGGAGAUUUGGUGAUACAUUGAACCCCGAGGAUGCAUACUUGAGUUUGACAAGAGAGGACAUGCAAACCCUCAAGAACGACUGGCUCACAGACAAUAUCAUUUCAUUCUGGGAGGAAUACCUCGAACACGAAUUCCUCACCCGUUACAAAUCAUCCAAUAUCAUCCUCCUCCGCCCAAGCAUGUGCUUCAUGAUCCUGCAAACGCCAGACCCCCGAACUCUCCGCGAAGCCCUGCCCGAUUUCAGUCGCGCAACGCACGUCUUCCUUCCCAUAAACGACUGCCGCAACGUCAACGAAGCAGAAGGAGGCACGCAUUGGUCCCUGCUCUUGAUCUCUGUCGUCGACCGCAUCGCUUUCCACUAUGACUCGCUUUACCAAGGAAAUGUCUGGGAAGCAGACACGGUUACUCGGAAAUUCGGAUAUCUCCUCAACAUGCCAAUUCGAUUUAUGCAUUUAAGCGAUUCACCCCAGCAAGACGGGGGAAGUGAUUGUGGCGUUUUCGUCUGCAUGAACAUGCGCCAUCUUCUCAUGAAGCGCUUGCUGCAGGCCAGCGCGCAUGAGAAAGUUAGCAUGAGUCUUGGUGGGAGGAAGGUUGAUGCUCGUGCUUCUAGAAAGGAGAUGGCUAAGAUUAUUGAAGGGUUCAGGAAGGAGGGCGAACGCCGGAGAUCAACGAGCGCAAGUCCUUUGGGCAAGAAAUCGAGAAGUCCCCCUCGUGUCGAUUAA